AUGUCCUGCUCCAGCUUGUGCGUCCCUUCCUGUGGGGUGGUCGCCCCGGCCCCACUGGCUGACACCUGCAACGAGCCCUGCGUGCGGCAGUGCCCUGACUCCACGGUGGUGAUCCAGCCCCCGGCCGCAGUGGUCACCUUCCCCGGACCCAUCCUCAGCUCCUUCCCGCAGCACAGCGUUGUUGGCUCGGCAGGAGCUCCUGGUGUUGCUGGAGGCUACGGUGGCACUUUUGGAGGCCGUGGUGGUUAUGGGGGAUUUGGCAGCUAUGGUUAUGGAGGCUAUGGGGGCUAUGGGGGUUAUGGAGGCUAUGGGGGCUAUGGAGGCUACGGACUUUAUGGGGGCUAUGGAGGCUUUGGGGGCUGUGGAUAUGGGGCGACCCAGGGCCACUGUGGGCCCUGCUAA